AUGGGUGUUACCAAGACUAUCAUCAAGGAGGGCUCCGGCGAAAAGCCCAAGCCGGGCCAGACCGUCGUUAUCGAGUACACUGGCUGGUUGAAGGAUGCCAGCAAGUCUGACAAGAAGGGCAACAAAUUCGACUCCUCUGUCGGCCGCGGAGACUUUGAGGUUAAAAUUGGUGUCGGCCAGGUCAUUCGAGGUUGGGAUGACGGUGUUACCCAGAUGCAGGUUGGCGAGAAGGCCACCCUUGAUAUCAGCAGUGACUUUGGCUACGGCGCCCGAGGCUUCCCCGGCCACAUUCCUGCCAAUGCCGACCUCAUUUUUGAUGUUGAGCUCAAGAACGUCAAAUAG